UUAAACAGUCAACAUCUCCUCCGAUAUUCCUCGAUCAUAUAUUAAGCAUCGAAACUUUGUCAAGUUUUCUGCCAGUAUCCGAAUAUACAGAACUCCGAAUUCGACGGUUGAGUUGAUAAUCAGAAUCAAACGGAUUUUUAACCACCGUUCAACGCAGGGAACUGAAAUUGUGUCUGACACCUACGCCUUUAAGUUAUAACAAUGGCCGUGCCCAAGUGGCUGGACUCGGAUUACGUAGAAACGAUCCUCCGGAAGGCAGAGAAGGAUGAUUCUAUCAGCGUAUCCGGUUUGAGUAUAAAGCCAGCCAUAGCCAAGGGUGAAAAUUACGCGAGUGACUUGUAUCGCCUGAGCGUGGAUUACUCAAGGAUUCUCAAAGGACGUCGAGUGACGGAAUCGAAAUCUGUCAUAACAAAAGUAGCCACUGACGGCGGUUGUCGAGAUGAAAUGGCGAGAGAAUCUAGAUUUUUCGAAAUAGAAAUGUCGAUGAUGUCAGAGACUUUGCCGAGGAUGCAGGAGAUUCUAACGAGUCACGGUAUGUCUGCUUCCUUAUCAGCAAAAUGUCUACACAUCCAGGAAGCAGACCCGAAGCAUCUCUUCCUCGAGGAUCUGCUAGUCGCAGGAUUUCGCCUCGCUGAUCGCCGGAAGGGAUUAGAUCUGGAUCAUUGUCUAGUUGCAAUGAGAAAUCUUGCCAAUUUUCACGCGGCUUCGGUAGCUCUUGCAGAGAAGGACCUUCAAGCCGUGACAAAGUACAACAAAGGAAUGUUUGACAAGAAUCAGUGUAACGCAGUGGUUGAAUUUUAUCCCGGCAGAGCGAAAAUGUUAGCAGAGGAAGUUGCUAAUUGGCCUGAGUUGAGCCCGAGGAUUCGUCAAAAACUCAUGAAGCUUCCCGAAGGUCUCUAUGAAAGAGGAUGUGAAGCUGCUCUUUUACGAGAAGAUGAUUUCAACGUUCUCACCCACGGAGAUGUCUGGACAAAUAACAUGAUGUUCCGCUAUGACGAAAAUGACAAACCCAUCGAUCAUAGAUUCUUGGACUUUCAAAUCAGCAACUACGCUUCACCAGUGCUCGACCUCCUCUAUUUCUUUGCGACAAGCCCAAACGACGAUGUCCGUAAGCAACACCGUGAGUUAAUUGUGCGCGAGUAUCACGCCACUUUAAUAGACGCCAUGACCAAGCUGAAGUGCAGCACUGCAGGACCAAGUCUGGACUACAUAAUGGACUCGUUGAGAAAACGUGCUCUGUUCGAAGUGAUCCUAACGUUCGCGAUAUUGCCGUUGGCUUUAUUCGAUCUGAAGAGUGCGAUCGGUGCUGAGGCAGCGGAGGAAUACAACGUGGAACACGAAAAACUUUCCUACAAGGGAGAAUUGUUCCGAAAGGUUAUGACGAGGAUUCUCCCAUUGUACGACAGCAUGGGGUUGCUGGAUACAGAAAACGGUUUCCGGUAGAUUUCAAUCCAACAUUCACAAAUCCAUUGUAACUGUCCUGAAUACAAAAGGCGGCAAUUAUGACGUCUACGGUUCUCAAAAAUAGCUGCAACUGAAGCUAUUUCAAAACUUCAAUGUCAUCACUUUAGUACGUAAGGUAAUCAUUUCCAUCAUAUCACUCAUAUACGUAUUAUACGUCAUAUAUAUAUAUAUAUAUAUAUAUUUUUCAAGAGACCAUCAAAUCAUCAUCCAAGUUUAAACUGUUAAUCGAAAUCCAGCUCCAACUUGCAAUGCGAACGAAUACGAGUGGCGCGUUCUUCAGAUCUUCCGAUCAUUCGAUCAUCAUGAAUGAUACUAGCAAUAUGUUAAUAACUGUAUAUAGAUAUUCAUAAAUAAAGAUUAUUUCCACGUACGAUUUACU